UUAAAAAUUUGGAUUUUACAUAUUCGUAUAGUUGCAAUAAUAAACGCCAAAAAAAUAGAUACUUUUUAGCUGAAAAUAGUUCAAAUAAAAUGGCGUUGCUUGACAGCCUGCUUAGUCUUCGUGAACUAGAAAUGGGGAUAAACGCACAUGCGCAAAGAAAUCGCGUAACCUUACCGUUGUGAUAGGGUCGCUUCAGAAGCUCGGCUAUCAAUAUAGGAGUAUUGUAUAUAUGAGCACAUAAAGUUCAUUCCAUGUCAGUAACCAGAACGAAAUUGUAUGCGAUAAGUGAAGGAACGAUAGUUCAAAGGAGGGACGAGCCAAGAGAUUCGGUUUUCCCUGUUCCUCCUUACAGAUCCCAUCGCGAAUAAAAUUUCCCUCCUGACAUUUACUGCAAAAAGCUGACGAGUUAACUGAACAAAAUGUCGGGAACAGAAAAUAUCUUUCUAUUCGUCCCCAACAUUAUCGGGUACGGCCGUAUAAUACUCGCUCUGAUAUCAUUUUACUUUAUGCCACGUAACUAUGUUAUUGCUUCCUGGUGCUAUAUCAUCAGUGGUUUACUGGAUGCAGUAGAUGGUCAUGCUGCAAGGUACUUUAAUCAAAGUACCAAGUUUGGAGGAAUGUUGGAUCAACUAACCGAUCGCGUUGGCACUAUGUGUCUUUUGGUAACGCUAAGCCAGUUUUAUCCAGCAUAUACAUUUUGGUUUCAACUAAGUAUGGCAAUCGACAUUGCCUGUCACUGGAUCUAUUUACACACAACACUUCUCCAAGGGAAAACUAGUCAUAAAUUUGUUGAUAUGUCAGAGAAUCCAAUAAUGAGAGUGUACUACACAAAUCGACAAGUUUUAUUCAUUAUGUGUGCUGGAAAUGAAGCAUUCUACGCUGCUCUGUAUCUGUUGCAUUUUACCGAAGGACCCAUAUUGGUCGGUAUUAGUUUAUUCCGAGCAGUUCUUCUUUUAUCCGCUCCUAUUGCAUUCAUAAAGACCUUGAUCUCGCUUUUACAUGGAUAUGUUGCAUGUAUCAAUCUUGGUAUAAUUGAUGUUAAAGAACGAGAAGCCAAACGCAAAGAAAACUAAUAUUCUCCAUAGUCUUCCGUGCUAGUCAAUGUAAACUGUGAUUUAUCGAUCUAUCUGUGUAAGAUUGGUUAUCAUGAGUUCAAAUUUACAUGCAACUUCCAAAUAGUCAUAAACUGCAUAUGUUGAAAGAAUUUACUUUAAAACUAACUAAGUCUAUAAAAUUAAUUUAAUUUAGUAUAUUGUUACAUGCCAUUUACUUGCAUUUCCUACUUACAGAAAUAUUUUGCAUUAAGUUUAUCUUUAGUUAUAUGUUACUUACUGCAAAAGCAGAUUCCACAGAUAUUUUUAUAAAAAAAAGCUUUAUUAAUGGGAUACAACUAAAAUUUGAAACACUACUUAUAUUGUAAGUAAAACAAAAAGGGGAAUAUUUUUCUUACCUUCCAGAUAUAAUUAUUAUUCUCAGAAUAUAUACAGAAAUAGUUGACAGAAUUAAGUUAUAUGUAAAUGUACCUCCAAUUAUACUAAUAAAAACAAUGUAUAUUUUAUUGUAAAUAAAUGUCGAAGCAAUAUUUCUGCCUAUAUCCCUACCUUAAAAUAUUUAACUCGAAAUAAAAUUGCAAUUAAAAAAAAAACAUUAAUUAUAACUAGCUAAUUAUUGCAACACC